AUGGCAACGCCGGCAGCGUCCACCGGCGCCAACGGCGACGUGGAGGCUGCGAAUAGUAAGAGGGCCCCAGCAGACGGCAAGACGCCGGUGACCCAGAAGGUGCUGUCGGUGUCGGCAAACCUGGCGCAGCUGCUGCCGACGGGGUCGGUGAUGGCGUACCAGAUACUGGCGCCGUCCUUCAGCAACCAAGGCAAGUGCUACCCCUCCAACUGGUGGAUCACACUCGGCCUCGUCGUCGUCCUCGCCGCCUCCUGCAUGUUCUUCGCCUUCACCGACUCCAUCGUCCACAACGGCAAGGUGUACUACGGCCUGGCCAUGUACCGACGCCUCAACAUAUUCAACAUAAGCAAGACAGAGGAACAUGAGGAGUUUCGUGACAUUCCGGGGGAACUCGAGAGGCGGCGCCUCAGGAAGCAGGACUUUGUCCAUGCCUUCCUCACCGUCAUCGUCUUCCUCACCAUGGCCUUCAGCGACGUCGGGCUCCAGAACUGCUUCUUCCCUCACGCCGACACCGACACCCAGCAGCUCCUCAAGAACCUGCCGCUGGGAAUGGCCGUCUUCUCCAGCCUAGUCUUCACCAUCUUCCCCAGCAAAAGGAACUUCAUCGGAUGCAACGACCCAAACAGUGAGAAGAACAGCGACAUCGCCAACUCAAACAGUGACAAGAAAAGCGACACCACCAAAACUGAACCAGCGUCGUCGUCUUCCACUGCGCCCCCUCCAACUUCAAGUGUAUGCCCUGCAUGCCAUGGUCAUAAUUUGUCCUAGAUGAAGAAAAAACAAGAGUCAAUUCUGUUACUAUUUUCAAAAUUACCAUGUGAUCUAUCUCUCUGA